AAGCGCCGCUGCGUAAACGGCGGGGGCGUGUCUUUUGGUCUCUCCGCAUGUAGUUACCUGAGAAACGCGGGAAGUUGGGUCUGGGCACUGUUGCUCCGGUAGGCUAAGUUUUAUUUCUGGAGAGAGCCGUGAGGUUGUCCUCGGGCCCAAGUCUUCAGGCCGAUUCGGGUUUUUGGCGCGGUGCGAUGGAGGUAGUGGAGGCCGCUGCCGCUCAGCUGGAAACUCUGAAAUUCAAUGGCACCGGCUUUGGAGUUGGCGAAGGUCCAGCGGCGGCGUCUCCGGGCUCUGCUCCUGCGCCAGGGACACAGCCGCCGCUACCGUCGCGUGAGGGGUCCCCGGACACUGGGCAGACCGUGGAGGUUAAGCCUGCCGGGGAGCAGCCGCUGCAGCCCUUUCUGAACGCCGUCCCGGGCCGGACCCCAGCGCGGCAGCCACCGCCGCCGGCCGAAUCGCCGGCCUGCGGGGACUGCGUCACCUCCCCGGGAGCCGCAGAGCCUGCGCGGGCCCCGGACCCCUUGGAGACCUCGGAGUCGGACUCGGAGUCGGACAGUGAAACAGAUUCAGAUAGUUCAAGCUCAUCGUCGUCCUCUUCAUCUUCCUCAUCAUCUUCCUCUUCUUCCUCUUGUGUAUCACUUCCUCCAGUGCUGUCAGAUGGAGACGAUGAUUUACAAGUUGAGAAGGAAAAUAAGAAUUUUCCUCUUAAAACAAAAGAUGAAUUACUUCUUAAUGAACUGCCUUCUGUUGAAGAACUCACUAUUAUUCUGCCUGAAGAUAUUGAAUUAAAGCCUCUUGGGAUGGUUUCAAGUAUUAUUGAACAACUAGUAAUAAUUGAAUCUAUGACUAACCUACCUCCAGUUAAUGAGGAGACUGUAAUUUUUAAAAGUGAUCGACAAGCAGCAGGAAAGAUAUUUGAGAUAUUUGGACCUGUUGCACAUCCAUUUUAUGUGUUACGGUUUAAUUCUUCAGAUCACAUUGAAAGUAAAGGUAUUAAAAUAAAGGAGACUAUGUAUUUUGCUCCAUCAAUGAAAGAUUUCACCCAGUAUAUAUUCACAGAAAAACUUAAACAGGAUAAGGGAUCAGAUGCAUCAUGGAAGAAUGAUCAGGAACCACCACCAGAGGCCUUAGAUUUCAGUGAUGAUGAAAAAGAAAAAGAAGCCAAACAGAGGAAAAAAUCUCAGAUUCAAGGCCGGAAAAAACUCAAAUCUGAAUUUAAUGAACCAGGUGAAGAUUUUGCUGAAGUACAUCAGAAUUGGAAUGCUCAUAGCUCUGCUUCAGAACAUUCAAAAGGAUAUCGCAACAGAGAAUUCACACGAGGAUUUUCCCGGAGCAGAUAUCCUAGAUCUUGCCAUGGCAGGCCUCCACCUCAGCAGUUCUAUAAUUCAGAACAUAUGGUAUCUCAGGAGACUUCAGGAUUUCCUUCCCAGAGACAAGAUAAUCCCAUUAUGCCACAAUACCCCUUUCCCCCUCCAAUGUUUGAUAUGCAUAAUUUUUCACUCUGCCCACCACCUCCACCCCCACCCCCACCUGUAAACAUGCGUUGGGCUACACCAAACAUGGCAGCUCAUCCAUUACUUAACUUACCGUACUCCCUGCCCCCGCCUCCUCCCCCUCCACCGCUGCCUCCUCCACCCUCUUCUGGAGAUAGUAAUUCUCAUUUUGGACCUUACUAUUAGGUGACUAUGCAUUUCCAGAGAAAUGUGGACUUGUCAUAUUAUGCAGUAAGGAUUUUUUUUUUUUUUAAAGAAAAAGUGAUUAUGGAGCUAGAUUUUUAAAAACCCUGUAAAAUACUAAAUGAUUCCUUCUGUUGUAAGUUGAUAUAUAUUUGUAGCCUUUGUGAAAUUGUAUUCAUAUGAAAAUGUCAGCUCAGAUUCUUUGGGAGAACAUUAAAUUAUGUAAUAUUUAAUUAAAA